UCCGGCUCUGUCUCUCUCUUCUCCCUCUCUCUUUCUGAAAUCUGCUUCUCAUGCUAGAGGCCUACAUGGCAGCUUGUUGUCUCCGUCACCCCCCGCCACGGCUGGACCGUGUUGUCACCUCGUCUGAAGUCUUGCCAGGGACACCCAACUUGUGAAAGCGGGCAUCUGAUGAGCUUCUCCCUUCUGGUAUCGCUAACGGGCCUUUUACCAUGAGCCAUUCCACUCCAGCUACAGCUAAUGGGAACGAUAGCAAGAUAUUUAAAGGAGAUCGCUCUCCCUGUUCCCCUUCACGCGUUAUCCACAUUCGCAAGGUUCCAAAUGAAGUCACAGAAGCUGACGUCAUCUCAUUAGGUGUACCUUUUGGAAAAGUUACCAAUCUUUUGAUGUUGAAAAGUAAAAGCCAGGCCUUCUUGGAAAUGGCUUCUGAAGAAGCAGCUAUUACUAUGAUGAAUUACUACACCCCUGUCACUCCUCAUCUCCGCAGCCAGCCUGUCUAUAUUCAGUAUUCUAACCACAGAGAAUUAAAGACUGACAACCUACCUAAUCAGUCGCGCGCACAGGCUGCUUUGCAAGCUGUGAACACUGUCCAGUCUGGUGGUCUGACUCUCACUGGUGUUCCCGGAAGUGAAAGCUUGAUGUUAACAGGCCAUAGUCCUGUGCUAAGAAUAAUUGUGGAAAACCUGUUCUAUCCCGUUACUCUGGAAGUUCUGCAUCAGAUCUUUUCCAAGUUUGGAGCAGUACUGAAGAUUAUCACAUUCACAAAGAACAACCAGUUCCAGGCUCUGCUUCAGUAUGCUGAUCCAAUGAACGCACAUCACGCCAAAGUGGCUUUAGAUGGGCAGAAUAUUUACAAUGCCUGCUGCACACUGCGUGUCGAAUACUCCAAACUGACGAGCCUUAAUGUCAAAUACAACAAUGAUAAGAGCCGAGACUUCACCCGCCUUGACCUGCCUAGUGGAGAUGGACAGCCAUCCCUUGAUGCCACAAUGGCAGCUGCUUUUGGUGCUCCAGGUAUAAUUUCCUCACCUUAUGCAGGAGCUGCUGGAUUUGCACCCACUAUUGGCUUCCCUCAGGCAGGACUGUCAGUCUCAAGUGUACCAGGAGCCCUUGGACCUCUUGCUCUCACUUCUAUCACUGGACGUAUGGCAAUACCUGGCAUGACUGCCAUUCCAGGACACUCGGUUUUGUUAGUCAGUAAUCUAAAUCCUGAUGUUAUCUUACCCCAUGCCCUAUUUAUCCUGUUCGGAGUGUAUGGUGACGUUCAUCGUGUGAAGAUUCUGUUCAAUAAAAAAGAAAACGCAUUGGUGCAGAUGGCAGAUGCAACUCAAGCACAGCUUGCUAUGAGCCAUCUGAAUGGACAGAGACUUCACGGAAGGGUACUGCGAAUUACCCUGUCAAAGCACCAGGCUGUUCAGCUUCCUCGCGAAGGACAUGAAGACCAAGGCCUAACUAAGGACUAUACCAACAGCCCACUACAUCGCUUCAAAAAGCCAGGCUCAAAGAACUUCCAGAAUAUAUUUCCCCCCUCUGCAACCCUACACCUAUCGAACAUACCGCCUUCAGUUUCGGAUGAUGACCUUAAAAGAUUAUUUGCAAGUACAGGAUGUUCAGUGAAGGCCUUCAAAUUCUUCCAGAAAGACAGAAAAAUGGCACUUAUCCAGCUUGGGUCAGUGGAGGAAGCUAUAACAGCUGUAAUAGAUCUACACAACCAUGAUUUGGGAGACAACCACCAUCUGAGAGUUUCAUUUUCCAAAUCGAUGAUCUAAGUUCCAUCUGCCAUCAACAUUCCUUCCUCUUCAUUAAAUCUUUGUAAAGACUGGACCACGGUUUUGGCAAAAGCCGUCAGACAGAGACUGAUAAUUAUAAGACCAAACCUGCCUCGUUUGUAAUAUUAGGUCUCCGUGGGAAGGAACGCAUCAUAUGCCUUCUUAUAAACAGACUGAGGAUAUGCAGAACCCAUCUAAAGCUUUGUGCUUGAUAGUGAUGAAAUAUACACAUUCUGCAUUUACAGCAAAAUCUAAGUAUGAUCAUUUUGUUUUACAACUUCAUAUCCUUGGUGUUCAUUUUCUUUUUGCUCCAAAUAAACCUUACACAACAUUUUUCUGACAAUCAUCAAGGUUUUGAAAUAGUUCUAUGGAGAUAAAUCUCUACUCCUCCCUUUUCUCUUUUUUUUUAUAUUUUUAUUUUGUGAUGAAUUUCACUUUACAAGAAUUUAAAGGGGUUGUCCCAAGAUCAGCAUUUAUCAAUCGCCUACAUGAUAGGUGAUAAAAGCCUGAUUGCUGGAAUCCCACCUCUGGAACAUCACUAAACACCAGAAUGGGGGUCCUGAGCCUGCCGUUCCGCCUCACUUCAUGACCACAGUGAGGAGCAGUUUAAGCACAGCAGUAGAGUAUGCAUGGUGCAGCUACACUCAAAGUCUACAGAACCAAGUUAGCCGAACAUUGGACUGAUAGACAUUCAAUGGAGCUGCAUGGUUCAAACUCUUCCUCCCUUUGGUUGUGCAGUGAGGAGGAACAGGGGUUUAGGACCCCUGUUUUAGUGUUUGGUAGUGCCCCCAGUGGUUGGAUAUUUAUCGUCUAGCCCAGGGCUGGCCAACCUGAGGCUCUCCAGCUGUUGCAGAACUACAACUCCCAGCAUGCCCAGGCUACCUACAGCUAUCAGCCUACAGCAGGGCAUGGUGGGAGUUGUAGUUUUACAACAGCUGGAGAGCCUCAGGUUGGCCAUGCCUGGUCUAGCCUAUAGACAGGUGAUAUAUGUCAAUCUUGGUCGACCCCUUUACAUCCUUCUUUUAUUUAUAUACUUAUAGGUAGAGAACAAUGAAAGCGAAGAUGACCUUUUUUUGUUUGUUUUAGUUUUUUUUUUUGUGGGCAGAUCUCUGUCAAGUAUUCUAUUUUAGGCAGAUGAUAUGGUAAUAUAAUACCAUGACAAGUUAGACAGUAGACCACAUUUGUUUUAUUGCCCACAAAUAAUAUAAUUUUUACACAUUUUUAAUCAUUUAAGUUACCUUUUUCCUAAUUAAACCUUGCAUGUUGGGAUAUUUUAGUUUUUUUUCUAAUGGAUCUCCAAGUUUCUGGAAAUGAUUAUCACACUGAAUGCUACUUGAAAAUGUAGCUGCACAUAUUCAUAAGCGGCCUGCCUUGUGAAAUGACAGCUAUUGCCUGUCGAGAUGUGUUGUGUGAUAUGCUUAUUUUGGAGCAAACUGUAAAAGUUCACUGUUAAAUGAAAUCACGAACUGUUUCUUUUCUGAAUAUAAGAAGUUUACAGUCUUACAAAUAAUUAUUCAGGUCUAUCAUUUGGUUUUGCAGAUUUUUGAGAAAUUAUUUUUGGUAAUAAUAUGUUAAAGAAGAUUUAAACCUCAAGGGUUUUUGUACCACUAUGAUAACUAAAAUCCUUACAUCAGAAUUACUGUGUACUUAAUUUACUUAUGUGCCUUAUUAUGUGCUUAUAAUGUAAAAUAGGGUAGAUUAUUUUUUGAUGUAUCUUUUGAAAAUUGUAUUGUGGGUUUGGUGAGAGUUUUUUUCCUUCAAAUUUUUCUAGUUUUCAGAUUUCAUGUUGUGUUUCUUUUCUUUCUUUUUUCUGUUUACAGAAGCAUUGAUGGGAAACUGUCAUCAUCUUGGUGCUGCCCUCGCUGAGGGUAGCAUAGAGUAGUGACAUACAUGUUGAUUUCAUUGGUGUUGUCAUUCAUUAGAUAAUAAGUGGUUGCUGAAAACCAGCUUCCUAAUCUUCACAACUAGGCCUGGAAAGGAGUCAUGGCUGCCUGAGAAGAGUCAUGGAUAUUGAUGAUCUCCUGCUCUACCCACCCACCUGCUGAUGGAGGCAGUUCUCUUCUAGAAGAAGACUGGCAAUCAUCAGCAGGUGGGAGAGAUCAAGCAGGUGAUCAUGAAUAAACGUGAAUCUUCACAGACAGCCAUGACUGUUUUCCAGGCCCGAGCUGCAAUGAUUAUGAUGCAGAUUCUCGACAACCACUCACUUUUAUCUCAAGCAUUCUGUCACUAGGGAGGACAGCAUAAAUUGAUAACAGGUUCCCUUUAAAUUGUUUCAGUUGUGUAGAAAGCAGAUAAUGAGGAUAGAAACAGAAGAUAAAAGCCUUGAAAAUCUGCAUACUUUUACAAUGUGGUGGACUUCAUGUAUGUUAAAAAUACUUGUUUGCAUGCCAGAUUUUUUUCGGUGUGGUAGAUAUGAAGUGUACUCGGGUGAUGGAGCACUUGUACUUGGCCACAUCUGUCCCUUGAGCCACAGGUUGGAUAGCACUAUCCUAAUAGUGAGUGAUGAAAAAUGUCACAGAUCUUCAGUGAAUAGUUGUCUUUCUACAACUACUUACUUGUGUAAGCUCUGCAUUAUUUCUGAAGCUUUCCAACUUUCCGUUGUGUAGAAAAACCAUAUGUGGUUUCAAGAAUCCUUUCUGCUCCUAUUUUACAGUAUGGAAGCCACUGUAGUCACUGGCUGAAAAACUGUGCACGUAUGCAAAAAGGGCAGUAUCUUGCACCCCUAUGUACUCAGACUAACAAGAAAUUAGGAAACCUAUAUGUGGCUUUAUAUUUUUCCUUUUUCU